AUGGCGCCUGGUCGGCGGGAGAUUCGUGCGUGGCGCAAGGAGCACGACGUUGGCAAUCGUCGUGUCAGCGCAACCUCCAGCCAAGACGUCGCCGCUCCCAGUGGCAAUGUCCCGUUCGAAGAACUACUAGCCCGAGAGCUGCGUAAAUCAGAAGGAAUUAACACUAAAACGUCAGUGUCAACAAGCUCUAAGGUGUCGAAGAAGCCUUUUCUCAAGAAAGGAGCCCGUGGCUGGUGGAUGCGGCAACCAGAUGCUAAGCAGAAGGUAGUUAAACACACGCUCGUGUCCAAGGGAGAAGAAGAAAAGACUAUCACAGAGAAGGAGAAGGCCCUCGUCCGCCUCGUCAUCGAAAACGUUGUCUCCAGUCGCGACACCGACGCAGCAGAUUCGGACUGCCCCAACACCGUCACAGACGCUUUCACCACCAGUGUCGCCGAUUCGACGGAAACAAUACAAACUGUGCGGCAAUCGUACGAGGCAAAGCAGCAACGUGAAGCCAAUGAGAAUGGCAGAAGUCGAGGCGAUUUGAGCGGGAUCUGGCGGCAGAGAAAGGACGCAUACUUGAAGGAGAAGCAGCAGCAAGAGGACCGACAAGAUCAGGUCCAUGACAACCAGACUGGCCACUGGGGUCUUCCGUACUCUUCGUUCGUGUCGGAGCUUCAUGAUCAAGAGCAGUCGAGGUGGCAAAAUGCCGAAGCGGAGUCGAUUUUUGACGAUAGUUUGGACGAAGGAGCGGACUCGGCGCUUGUGUUUGACGACCACUCAGCCCUGUCAAACGAUGACUGGGUGGCUGAAGACGACAGAUUUGCCAACCAGCUUCGCUCUCAUUUUGGAUACGGGAACGAUUACGGCAGCCCACCUUCAGACUUGAGUGCUCUUAGCUUUGACGAUUCUGUGCCGUGGGACGAGGGGUUAUUAUUUCAGCCACGACAAAGCUUGGAGCAUGAACAGUCUUCUAGUGUCGGUGACUUGUUAACUCGUAAGAACAACCAGAGUAAUGAUCCAGUUGGCACAACCACCAGGCAGCAAACAACUAGACGCGGCGUAUAUUUCGCUGACCCGGACGACGACGGUCUUGCAAUGAACACACCUGAAGGGGAGGCACCUGUCUCGUCAUUGGUCCAGCAAGUAUUCGGAGGCGCUAACCAGGAUGAAAGUGAUGAUUCUAGCAUGCGUUCCGAUGGAAAAGAAGGAGGCUCGAUCAAUGCUGGAUAUGGCAGAAACAAGAAGAACCUACAUGUAUCUCCACCACCGCCACCGGCUGCUCAGGACAAAUCUUUAUCGACGCUGAAGCAGAAGCUACGUGGUAAGCAAAAUCCACCCGUUGCACGGGCGACGACGGGCAAAAGGAAAGGAACGGGACCGCCGAAACCGAAAUCUACCGUGCCCUCGCGCACCCCAGCCAAGCCAGAAUCAGGAGCAAAUACAGGGAAGCUGACGCAGCCUCGAGAUCGAGCACCGCCUACAGGCUCCGCUGGUUUAGUAUUGCCAGCUGUGAUCGAAGAGAAACUGUAUGAGCUGGAGGAGGAAGUCAAGUUCUACAAAUCCGAGACACUUCAGCUUCAGAAGCGCAGGGAUUAUUACGACCAAGAAGUGAAGAAGCUAGCUACCGAACGGGACGAGUUUGUCCGAUAUCAGCAGGAACAGCGCGUUCUGCUCGAGAAGGAGUGGGAACGGGAGCGAGCCAAAAUGAAGAAAGAGGAGAAGUUGCAGGAGCGACAAUGGAAGCUGCGGAUGAAUGCAACGAUAGCUCAUCAAGAUCGCAAAGACUGCAGCGAAGUGGAGAUGCUCAAGGCGCAGAUUGUGAAGAUGCAGCUUGACGAGAAAGAUCGUGUGAGUAAGCUGAAGGCUGCGAACGACAACUUGCGACAGCGUGUUGCGGAACUUGAGGAGAAAAACCGGGAGCUCAGUGAUGAAGUCAAAUUCCUUGAGAAAGAUCGUUUGGAGCAGUGGGACAAGUACGAGCGAUUGCUAAAAGAGCAGCAAGAACCGCCCAGAUCAGGUUCAAAACCUGAGAUUAUUUCUGCAAUCAGAGAGAAGAACGAACUCCGUACGGUAGGUGACGUUUUCGCAAUCAAAGGAACAGCUGACGAGCUGCUACAACGGUGGAAUUUCCCUCGUGACGAUGGCUUAACUCAAGACCGUGACGCAUUUACGCCAACCUCUGAACACCUCCAAGCGGACGUGUACAACCCGAAGCGGUACAGUUUGGAUCGAGAGGAUUCCCACCCUGCGAGCGAGCUAGGGAGCCUUGAAAGUGCCAACGAAACCGGCUUUGCGAGUGCCGCUGCUACUUAUGAAUGGGCACUGCCUGAUGCUGAAGACGAUAAAGCACUGCAUACUGCUGGUUACUCAGGUGAUAAUGCCACCUCCGUAUCAACUUUGUCUCUGUCCGAAAACAAGACGGUCGCGCAAGAGAUUGACCAUCCGGGUGGGAAGAAAGAGCUGCUGUUUACGGACGGCAGCAAGAGAAUCAUCUUCCCAGACGGCAACGAGAAGGAGAUCGACGCAAACGGCCACGUCGUCAUCAGAUUCACGAACGGUGACCACAAAGAGGUCUUCUCAGACACUGGGAUCAGUGUAUAUUACUACCACGAGGCUCAGACGAAGCUGACAACAUAUCCGGACAACAGGAAAGUAUAUGAGUUCCCGAAUCAGCAGAUCGAGACGAGUCUGCCGGACGGAACGACGGAAAUCCAGUUUGCUGACGGCAUCAAGAAGACAAUCCGCCCGAAUGGCGACGAGUUCUCUGUGUUUCCGGACGGAACCACAAUGUUGGAGAAGCCCGACGGCUUGCGGGAGGUGACGCUGCUCAACCAGAAGAAGAUUCGCUACUUUCCGGACGGACAGAUGGCCUGUGUCACCCCCGAGGGCCAGGAGACUCGCUCUCUGUCCGGGGUCGGAGUGUCUCGGGAACUUUCAUUACGGAAUCGAGACAUGGAAGCAUACCUGCGUAAGCAUUGGCCCCAAGGCUCCGUGUCUGUGAGCUGCCGUGUGUACGCGAGUCAACGGCGUGCUGAUGAGCACAAGCGCCUGCUGCUGACGGCCAAGGGCAUCGAACUGCGCUCUGUGGGCUCGUCGUCGGAGCCCGACGUGAUCCCCUGGGGCUCGAUAAUCGGUGCGUCUGAGUCCACUAGUGGCAUUCGUCGCCGCUUCGUGUCGGUGUACGAGGGCGACGAGUACGGCGAGGAGAAGGAGUUUGUGGUCUUUGGAUGCGUGUCCAAGCUCGAGAGCGAAGGCUCGGGAGGGCUUCUCGGUAGACUGACGUCCUUAGCCAAAGCGGUGUUGCCCACGGCGCUCACGGCUAGUAAACCUGGGGUGGAGAGGACGCUUGUGCAGUGGGUAUUUAGGUGUGAUGACGCAGACGGAGAUGCUGCGGCUAUGAGAACAGUGAAAGCCAUCAGGUUCCUGGCCGACCCGAGAGUCGAACAGGGUAUCAAGGCGACGGAGAAGCUGCUGGAUCCGUAUGGAUCCUUGCCGCCUCGUAAGUUCAUGGUGGUGAUUAAUCCUGCUGGAGGCAAGGGUAAUGCGCAGCUGACGUUCGAGAAGGAGGUGGCGCCGAUAUUGGAGCAGGCCAAUGUGGUGGUGGAGACGAUUAUCACGAAAAAGGCAGCGCAUGCGACCGAGAUCACGGCAGAUGUACCGCUGAACCAGUAUGACUGUAUUGUGGCAGUCGGAGGCGAUGGACUGCUGUCCGAGAUGCUGCAAGGAUUGAUGAACCGUAAGGACUGGCAACAAGCGAUUCUACAGCCACUUGGGGUCAUCCCGGGUGGAUCUGGCAACGGUCUGUCUGCGUCGCUAUUGUCGCGUGUCGGUGAGCGCUUCGACGCAAUUAACGCAGCCUAUUCUCUCGCGAAGGGUCAAGUUCAAGAGCUGGACCUGUUCACUGCGACGAACGGCGAUGGCAAGACCAUGCACGGGUUCUUGUCGCUUGAAUGGGCAUUUAUCGCCGACAUGGACAUCAAAUCCGAGCGAUAUCGCUACUUCGGGGACAUGCGCUUCCUCAUAUCGUCCACCUUGCAGAUCUUCGGCUUUGGACAGACGAAUUAUCCUGGUCGGCUACGAUAUCUCGUCUCCAAAGACGAUGAGCCUCAGCCGGCAAAGUACCACGAGAUGUUUAAUGGAGAGACAACAGCUAAACCGACAUGCGUGUGUCUGGACAAGGAGAAAGACGAGGAAGAAUCUGAGCAGUGGGUGGAGGUGGAUGGCCCGUUUUACAUGUUCUGGGGUAUGAACGUCUCUCAUGCUGCUGCGGAUGCUCACAUUGCGCCCACUGCGGAUAUUUCUGAUGGCUACCUCCAAAUGAUGCUCGUUUCUGGAGAUAGUUACUCGCGCUUGGGACUUGCUAAGCUGAUGAUGGGGAUUGAGGAUGGCUCCCACUUGGACGUGGAUCGCGUGCAGCUAAUCCGCACACGUGCGCUCUCGGUGCGUGCAAGCAAUUCAGACGAUCUCAUGUGCGUCGACGGCGAACUAUUCCCUGGCCCGGAAGUGAAGACUGAGGUACACCGCGCAUUGGGUCGUGUGUUGUGUCUUCCACCUAAGAAGUGA